AUGAGUAAGGAGAAGGAAGUGACCUCGUUCCAUUCUGGGGACAGGAGCCGCGCACAGGCCGAUCACAUCAGCUCCUUUUUCAAUGACACUUCCGUUGAGACUCCCGGAUAUAAGUGAGAUUUUUUAUUUUUAACGGGAGCAAGCUAAAACAUUGAAAUUAAUGUUGUGAAACUUCAGGCAACGAUUGUAUGAAUUAUUCUCACAAAUCGACAAAGAAUUCGAAACGUUAUACCUUGAGAACUGUCAAUGUAAGUCCACUCGAUGAUUUUGACGUCUGUUUAGUGAAAAUACGAUUGGGACAGGCACCAGAGAAUUCGUUGAAUGAUUUCAUCAAGUCUCCUGACACUUCGACUUCCAUUUUUAAUGAAAUUAAAGCUGCACAGAAGAAGUGUAAGUGAAUGAAAUUUUAUUUCUUCAUGUAAUGUGAAUUGGGGAAACAUCAUGUUCUUUAGAUAGGCAGCAAAAGUGGAAGUCAGCCUUCAGAAGGCCCCCUCAACGAUUUGUCCCAAGUUUAAAGGUUGGGUCUGGGCAGAAUUCAGAUUCUUCGAAACAUUCCUUCGUUCGUUCCUUUGAGGGCCAUCAGGAUGCCGUUUUAGCCCUAGCUACAAGCUCUUUCAACGGCCAUGCGCUUGUCGCCAGUGCAUCAGCAGGUUCGUCAUCAGUUUUUUUUCUUCAUUGAAGUUUAGAUCAAUCUGCUCGGAUAUUUUGCCCCGACUCUGGAGAAUGUCUAUUCCAAUACGAUGGGCAUAAUGGUGCCGUUAACUCGAUCUCUCUCAUGCCCGAUAUCUCUACAAACGAUCAAUUUUUUGUCCUCACGGCCAGUGGAGAUAGGACUGUCCAUUUGUGGAAGACGUCUUCUUUGAAUGAAUCAUCCCAGCCAAAUAAUAGCUCCGAAGAUGAUCUGGAUGCAACUUCGGAGAAACUAAUCGACAAUGAAGGCAAGGGAAAUUUCUUAUCUACCAUUAUACCCGCUAAUUUUUUGCCUGUAAUGGCUAAAAUUUCAGAUGAACAUGUCGGCCCAGCCUCUGUUGUCAUCCGCCAGCCUCUUCGAGUGUUUUCCGGUCAUUCUGACGCUGUAGUCGGGGCAGAGUUCCUACAGGGCGGAGAACAGCUGAUUACGGUAUCUUGGGACAGAACUGCUAAUAUUUAUGACAUGGAAAAUGAAACCGUGGUUAAUGUCCUGACCGGGCAUGACAGUGAACUAACCUUCUGCUCUAGUCACAAGACCAAUAAGAUUGUCGCCACAGCAAGUCGGGAUCACACUUUCAGAUUGUGGGACUUCCGUGAGACCAUGAGAUCUGUCGCCGUUUUCCAGGGACAUAAUGCGUAAGUCUAGAAAUUUUUCAAGAAUCUUUGUUUUGUUUUUAGUGCUGUCAAUUCCGUGGUAUUCGCGGCAAACCAUCACAUCAUUUCCGGGUCAGAUGAUCGCACGGUGAAGGUCUGGGACCUCAGAAAUAUGAGAUGUGCCAUCGCCUCGAGUCGCUUUGAUAGCGGAGUCAAUAAGGUCGGCGCAUCAACGAAAAGUCGACUUAUGGCCAUUCCAUUGGAUAAUCGCCAUGUUUAUAUACACGAUCUCAACGGAAAUAGAAUUGGCCGACUUCAUCGGGGAAAUGUGAGUGUUAAUUAUUUAUGGGUAGAUUCAAGUGUAGUGUACUUAUUUUUUGCCUGAAAUGGCUUUGAUGUGUUUGUUUUUCAGAGCCAUACAGCAUUAGUGACAUCCGCCAUAUGGUCUGAUGAGACCGACAGUACGAAUCUAAUAACCGCGAGCAUUGACAAAAAAAUGUUCGGAUGGAGGGUUAAUGUAAAGUCAUAA